AUGCGAGACUUCAUGUGCCUGCGUGCACGCAUAACGGUUGCCCGCGCGUUCUCUGUCGAGGCGCUAUCAUCUCCGACAUUUGAAGGGGAGGGAGGGAGCCACCACUGUAGAUUAAUCUAUCCGAGCAGCGGAGACCGGCCCCAGCAGAGGCGGAACAUCUCUCUCGUCACGUUGCGCGGGCGUCGCCUACCUUGCCACCUGAAGAAGGUUGUGGCCGCGAAAGUUCAUGCAGAACAGCGGGCGUCUGUUUAUCCGCAAUUUACUACUGUGUCGUUCUUUCGGGUCUCGGCAGGAGACGGUCUUUUUCCGGCGGCCUCUGCGUACAGACUUACUGUAUGCACCGCGUACUUUCCGAAGUCAACGCGAAGAGGUGAAGCAAGAAUCAGGCGCUAUUGUCUGCGCAGCACGCGAGAGAACAAGCGCAUAGGCCCACCAGAUAUUUACACCAACAGAGCGUGA